GUAUUGUCAGACUCCACAGUGACAGCAUCACCAGUUUCAUUGCCAGGACCCCCCGCAUCACCAGCUUCUACAAGUUCAGGUUCGACAAUCAUCCUCCCAUCCACUAAAAACCGGAAGAGAGGCCUGGUAGAGCUGGAACGUAAUGAAGCAAGACAGGUAAACCUUGAAACUGUCUGUAAAAUGUACUGGAUUUUAAGAUUAUUAGAUUAAUUUAUAACAGUAUAUAGUGUUACUAAACUAAUGUAACAAAGCUUAGGACCCUAAUUAAAUAAUUAAUUAGUUUAAACGUGAAGCUACUGGUUACUUAAAAAAAAUAUAUACUAUUCUGAGGUCCAACCCGAAAGGUGAAGAAAUCUUCAAAGAAUAUGACAAAACUAAGACGCUGUCAGACACGAAACGCAGACAUAUGAUCAACAUUCUGGUUGCAGAAAUGACAGAUUCACAUGGGAGGAUUCCCCCCAGAAGUGUCAGGACUAGUUAUGCACUCGGAAUUGUGAACCUUUUCCCACAUCUACAAGAUCCGUACCCAGAGCAUGGAUAUGAACAUUACUAUGACCCUGAGGCGAAUACUGGCUAUCUUGCUUGGAGACUCAAGACAGUCCAACGCAACACGCACGAUGGCCUCCGUGGGCAUUCCAGGCCCAAUCCCCAGGGCAGUCCAACAACCCAACGAGAAUCUUUGUUGAUUGCUGAACAGCUCAAGGAUGAGGAGUGCAGAGAGGCCGUGUCUGUAAUAAGACACUCCACAGAUGAAUCCGUGGUCAAAGAGAAGAUGAGAGCCACCUUCGAAUACAGACAGAAGCUGGUUCAUGACCAGGAUGCAACAUCUUCAGUCUUUGACGUCUUCCCUCGUUUCCUUGACAUACCCGGACUGAUUGACCAGGAUUUCUCACUGAUGUUUGGGGACGAAGUGUCUGGAAAGUUUCUUGCAAAGUGGCCUUCAUGUUUCAAGCCCAAAGUCAUCAGAGAAAGCCAGAGUCUUCCUUUCAGUCUUCAUGUUGAGGAACUGCGGGCAGGUUGCAACCCUGAGACUGAGAAUGAUCAUGGCUGGGAUAGUGAUAUGUCAGCUCUCCUGUUGCUGUUGCAUCUUCUGCCCCCUACAUCAAGAGGCCAUAAGAAAACUGUCAAGAUCAGCGCCGCACAGGCAGAGGACCAUCUUGUUAGAUUUGUUAAGCAUGGAGCCAGCCUCACUACAUUCCUGGAGAAAGUUGAUGCCAGACAGCCUUUUCUCCUCUGCACUGGAAAACAUAAGAAGAAAGUCGAGAGAUUCUUCAUCGUUGUGGACAACAAACCGAUCCCAUGCAACGCCCUGACGUCGGUGGGUGCCUUUGAUGGGCUAUUCAAAGCUCAUUAUGUUUUCAGCCUCUCUUAUGAUGAAGCCCUCUUCGGUUUCUACACCUUCAUUCAAACCACAGUCUACAACAUAGAUGUUGGAAGCGCAAAGGAAACGCCACGAGUCAAGGAGCUGAGAGCACGACUGCUACGUGAGGCUUAAAUUCCCACCAUUGCACAAAGGUCAAGGAAUUGUUAAAAAAAAACUGUUCAGUGAUUAUGUUCACCUGUUUUGUUUGCAAAACACACCACAAAAAUUGUUCGUUUCUAUGUCAGGAUUUUAAGGUCCAACACGGUUUAUACCCAGCCAAAAACCUACGUCUGAAGUGUGGAGAACAAGGAUGUCCUUCUUCUUUUUGUACAUACAAUGGCUUCAGGAAGCAUCUUAACAAUGUACACAGUCAUCACCAGGAUGAACAGGUUGAUACCAACCAGGAAGAGGACAUGCAAAGACAUUCUGAUGUUGAAUUAUCAAGUGAUGAGCCAACAACUUCUGCAUCCCUGUUGCAGGUUCCCCCUGUUAUCAAACCGAACUCUCUUGAUAGUAUGUGCGGCUCAAUUGUUGCACAUUUACAAGCUUCUGGUGUUGCUGAAAGCACGGUCCAAACAAUAGUUAGUUCAAUGGAGGAAGUUGUCAGUGAUGUACAAAUUCAAACACGAGAGGCAGUUUUCCAAACAUUUUCCGCCGAAAAUAAGGAGUCAGAAAUGUGUAUUAAAAUAGAGCACAGUUUAAAUAAAUUAGAUAAUCCUUUUUCAAAAUUGAACACGGAGACAAAGAGAAAGAAAUAUUUUUCUGAAAAAUGGGACAUAGUAGAGCCUAAAGAAUUGGUCCUUGGAGUGAGAUUGGAUACACGUAGAGAUAGACCUACAGGUGUUUAUAGUCAGAUUCCUGUUACAGACAAGUACAUGUAUGUACCCAUUUUAGUUACAUUAAAAUCCAUUUUCAAAAACAGUGAGAUAAGAGAGUGCUUCUUGCAAGAGAAACGCAGUAAAACAGGGAUGUACCAAGACAUUAAUGAUGGGUUAUAUUUCCGAAACCAUCCUCUGUUCUCACAACAUAGACAUGCCUUACAAAUCUUGCUCUACUACGACGAUUUUGAAACUGCUAACCCACUAGGUUCCAAGAAGGGGAUCCACAAACUUGGAUGUGUUUAUUUGACUUUAAAGAACCUCCCACCAAAGUUGAACUCUGUGCUAAUGAAUGUACAUCUUGAAGCUCUUUUCUACACAGAGGAUUUAAAGACAUAUGGUUUUUAUCUUAUACUAAAGCCUCUAAUAGAUGAUUUGAAAAUAUUAGAAACAACAGGAAUCCAGCUUCCAUUCAUUAACAAACCAUUGUUUGGCUCCGUCAUACAAAUCACAGGCGAUAAUCUUGCUUUAAAUGUCUUGUUGGGUUUUGUUAAGUUUUAGCGCAACAUACUGUUGUAGGUUCUGUUGAACUAAUAAGGAAGAAAUUCAAUCUGUAUUUACUGAGAAUAAUCCUGGACUUGUUCUGCGCUCCAAAGAACUUUAUGUUGAACAUUGUAAUGCACUAAGAUAAGAUAAGAUAAGAUAGUCCUUUAUUAAUCCCCCUUGGGAGAAAUUCACAGGUGACCAGCAGUACAGUGGGAAAAGAGAAGUGCGAAAAAACAGUAUAUAUACAAUACAUUUACUAAUUGAAAAUAAAUUAUAGUACAAAACUAUUUUAAUAAGAUUAAGAUAAAACAAACAUACUAUAUACAU